CCCGCCCCGCCCUGCUCCGCGAACCCACUGCGCCUUUUGCCGCCCGCCGCCAGGUCCAGCGGUUCCGCGGCGCUGCCAGGGAGCGAGCCGCUCGUCCUCACCCGGAGUCCCAGAUGGCUUCAGUGACUGAUGGUAAAGCCGGAGUCAAAGAUGCUUCUGACCAGAAUUUUGACUACAUGUUCAAACUGCUCAUCAUCGGCAACAGCAGUGUUGGCAAAACAUCCUUCCUCUUCCGCUAUGCUGACGACACCUUCACCCCAGCCUUCGUCAGCACCGUGGGUAUUGACUUUAAGGUGAAGACAGUCUACCGCCACGAGAAGCGAGUGAAGCUGCAGAUAUGGGACACGGCUGGGCAGGAGCGGUACCGGACCAUCACCACAGCCUAUUACCGUGGAGCCAUGGGCUUCAUCCUGAUGUAUGAUGUCACCAAUGAGGAAUCCUUCAAUGCUGUCCAAGACUGGGCUACUCAAAUCAAGACCUACUCCUGGGACAAUGCGCAGGUCAUCCUGGUGGGGAACAAGUGUGACAUGGAGGAAGAGAGGGUUGUUCCCACUGAGAAGGGCCGGCACCUCGCAGAGCAGCUUGGGUUUGACUUCUUUGAAGCCAGCGCCAAGGAAAACAUCAGCGUGAGGCAGGCCUUCGAGCGUCUGGUGGAUGCCAUUUGCGACAAGAUGUCUGAUACGCUGGACACAGACCCCUCCUUGCUGGGCACCUCCAAGAACACCCGUCUCUCGGACACCCCACCACUGCUGCAGCAGAGCUGCUCAUGCUAGGCAAGGCCCACUGUCCUGAUCUCCCUUCAUUGUGGCACCACACCCACUCUGCUUCCCCCUUAUACUCUGUCUCCCCUCAGCUGAUUUGCUGCUGUUCCUUGCCUGCAGUGAAGGUGGAAGCAUGCCCCUGGGGUUCUCUAUGGAUGGCCCCACUCACAGACACUCAGCACUAGACUAACUAGGUCACAAUGUGGGCAGAGGUUCGUUUUACAAAAGUAGAAUCCACUUUAUGAAGGGGAUUCACUACAGGGACUUGGAAAAACAAGUCUCUUUUCUGCCUUUAAAAUAAGAUUUCCUCCCUUGACCAAAAUUUGACACACCCACGCACACUUUUCAGGGCCUGGCCAACUGUGUAAAGUGAGACACACCUGCAUAACUAAUCCUUUUGAAAAAGACCUCUCCAUACACAACCUGCUUGUUUCAUAUCAGGCACCCUGUGGGGCUUCCUCUCACCACUAGACAAGCCUUGUUUCUCAAAGCCCUCGCCUGUUACCACGGAUGCCCACGGGGCCUGGGCAGUUGCUGUGGUGACAGGCCAGAGCUAAUCUCCAGAGAGCUCAGCCUCUCUAAAUGAUGCUGAAGGAGCAAAGGCUGAGUCAGAAACACACUUAAAAGAAAAAGAUUAUCCCCUGCAAAAUGUCAAAGUUUCCUGCUAUGUGAAAGAACAAGUGCAUGAGCUCAGGAAAGACAAAGAGAGAAAAAGAGACACAAGGUCACGAAUUUCUGAUUUUGCUGCUUUCCAGCAGGUUCUUAACUGUGGAACUCUAUGACAUUGGUCACUGGUUCUUAGACUCCCAGAAUCUAAAAAAUUUAUAGUUGGUGGAAUCCCAAAUUUUACCAAGUCUCACUAGUCAAUUCCAAUCUUCAUGUCUCUGACAAUUGGCUGUCAAGCCUCACAGCCAAAUCUCUUCUAAAGCAUACCUUCUAGGCAGGGAUGGGAGCUCAGUUUCCACACCAUCUUUGGGCAUCUCUCAUAAUCAGAAAGUUUUCCUUGCUUUAAGCUGAAAUCUGCCUCCUGGAAAUUCUUCUUCCUCUUCCCACUCCAUUUGUACCAGCUCUGCUGUCAGAGACUUCACAGUCUCUGCUCCCUCUGCCCCGUGACACCCUUAGAUGAUUUGAGAACAGAAAUCAUGACCCCUGGAAUCUGCCCUUUCUCUAAAUCAAAU